AUGGCCCUGCUCUUGCUGGUCCUGGGGCUGAGGCUUGCCGGGGCGCAGAGGUUCGACCCCCAAGCUGUCGUGCAGAGGAACUACAACAUGGCCAGGAUUUCAGGGGCCUGGUACUCUAUUUCCAUGGCCUCAGACAACCUGACGCGGAUUGAAGAAGACGGGGACCUGAGGGUCUUCAUUCGGAACAUCGAACACUUAAAAAACGGCAGCCUGAAGUUCGACUUCCACUUCAUGGUGCAGGGCGAGUGUGUGGCUGUGGACGUGGUCUGCCAGAAGACGGACCAGAACGGGGAGUACUCCAUCUCCUACCAGGGGGAGAACAAGGUGCUGGUGUCGGAGACCGACUACAAGACGUACGUCAUCUUCUACAUGCAGAACACCAACAACGGGACCCAGACCCGCGUGCUGGCGCUCUACGGGCGGGUGUCGGAGCUGAGCCCCAUCUUCCAGCACAGAUUUGAAAAAAUCUGCAAAAAGUAUAAACUGAGUGCACAAAACAUCAUGGACCUGACCCAACAAGAUCACUGCUACUCCAAGAGGUAG